CAGCUGCCUGUGGUUACAUCCCAGCAGCAUGAAAGUGUCUCUUGGCCUCAGCUUCUUCCUGGUUUUCCUGGACCCAGGGACCUCCCUUGAGUGUGAGGUUUGCCACAGCAUAGGGAAAAGCUGCUCUGGCCCCAUGAAAACCUGUAGUGGAGGUGAAGAUACCUGUGGCAUCAUUCUGCAUGAGGUCAUGAUGGGGGGAAUGGCAAUCCCUUCGACCGUCAAGUCCUGCUUGCCAUCCACCAUUUGCCAGCUUGGCCCUAUCACCAUGAACUAUGGGAAGGUAAAAGCGAGGAGCCACAUGGCAUGCUGCACUGGAGAUGACUGCCGAACAAUCUCUGUCUCACUGCCACCAGAGGACAACGUGCCCAAUGGCUACCAGUGUCCUGCCUGCUACAGUGUGGACUCCUUUCAGUGCGGUAAUGAGAUUGUAAACUGCACUGGAUCCGAAACCCAGUGCAUUGACCUUGCUGGGUUAAUGAAUUCUGGUGGACUCUCUCUGAAAGCUGCCAUGAAGGGCUGCACAACCAUUUCUGAAUGCAGUCUCGUGGGAGAUGGGAAAAACAAUCUGGGGAUGAUGGACAUAAAGUUAAGGCGAUUCCAAUGCAUACCAGCUUCCAUUUCAGCCAUUAGAAGUUCUGGGUUUGCUCCUGCAAACAUACUCUUCCUCCCUGUCCUAUUAGGAUUCAUCUUGGAGAAGGUACUUUUCUGACUCAGUCCCAGGUCAAGUGAAGCCAAUGACGAGCUCUGGCAGUAGUUUGCACUGAGUCCUGUUUGCUGGAGUUUCUCUGGUGUGGGGGAUUUGUUUUUAGUGUAGCUCUUUUAAAAUUCCACAGAAUAAAGACAAUGCUUAGAGUUCU